AUGGCCUGGGACUACCCAUGCAGCAAGGACCUCCUGCGCCCCACGAUACGGAGUGUCCCGCGACGGAGGACGGGCAGCCCGCACUGGGCUGGGACCCCAUCCCUGGAGGAGCUGCGGAGCCUGCUCUGGACAUGCACCCAGCCCACCGGGCACGUGGACGAAGUCUGGCCAAACCUCUACGUGGGAGACCUGUACGUCGCCCGGGACAAAGCGCAGCUGAGCCGAAUGGGCAUCUCCCACGUUGUGAAUGCCGCUGCUGGGCGAUUUCGCAUCGACACUGGUCCCAAGUUCUACAAAGACCUGCCCGUGGAUUACUACGGAGUAGAAGCAGAGGACAACCCAAACUUUGAUCUCAGCAUUUAUUUCUACCCGGUUGCUCGAUACAUAAGAGCAGCACUGAAUUCCCCAAGAGGCAAAGUACUAGUUCACUGCGCAAUGGGCAUCAGCCGAUCUGCAACCCUCGUCCUCGCUUUCUUAAUGAUCUGUGAGGACAUGCCCCUCGCCGAUGCAAUUCGGACUGUGCGCUCGCACAGAGGGAUCUGCCCCAACUCGGGCUUCCUCGAGCAGCUUCGGGAGCUGGACCUCCAGCUAGGAAGGGGGAAAGGCAGAGGAGCAGAGGCCUGCUAG